AUGGCAACAUCACAUACCGACACAACUCGGCAGGUUGCGCAGCCGUCGAGUCCGAAGCAUGCGCUUCCACCACAACAACAUCAUGCAGCAGCAGCUGCAGCAGCCUCCUCAACUUCGAAACCGCGCUUCAUGAGCUCCCACUCGUUUCGUCGCUCCUCCGGAUCAUUCUCCGGCGCCGGCGUGCUUGGCCGUUUCGCCAGCUCUUCUCCCCCUCGCCACCCGUCCGAUUCUCACGACAGCGCAGAAUCCGCAAAAAGAAGACCGUCUAUUGGCCAGCGUCUCUCGUCUCGCACUUCCCGCAAGUCCCUGGAUGCAUCCACGGGCGCAAAUUUAGUCGAGCUCAGCAAGCCCAACGGCAAGUUCAAGAGCGGCAUCAAGUGGGACUCGCAGCAACCUGCGCCAGAGCCGUUUAUGGAAACCUCGGAUUCCACAGCAGCACAACGCGAGCUCGCCUCGGCUCUCGAAGCCAACGCCGCGCUUGCUUCCGGGAGUACUGCCGCUGCCCAAGCCCAUGCUCAAGCUCGCGGCCUAGGCCAGCCCAUCUUCCCACGCAGUUCUUCUAUCUCCAACACCACCAGAAUCAUCAUCAACAACAACAGCAACACCACGUCCCCAUCUCCCAUCUCGUCUACAAACGACAGAUCCGAACUUCCAACCGUGUCACAGACCAUCUCCGCGCUUGGCAACAGUGGUAUUCACCCCGAUCUUCUUGGCACUGCGCGCUCCUCUGCAACCCAGCUCGAGCCAUCGCCUGCCGGUAUGGCCGCCCCUGAUACCACCGAAGCCCACUCGAAGAAAGCCGCGCCGCUCGAAACUGAGCUCGAUACCAGAAGUGGCGACGGCGCAACGCCCUGCAUGACGCCGCCCACAAAGAGCAGAGAGGCCUCGCAAUCCGAGCAAGGCACUGGCGAAGACGACCACAUGCUCGCGCGCGCGGCACAACUCGUCCUCGAGGCCGCUCGUCAGCAGGCUCGUGUCGAGACCAGGAAGAAGGGCAAGUCUGCGCCAGCUUCGCCCAAACGCAGCACUUUCAAUUUAUCUCCCAUCAACACCCAAGUGGAUCAAGACAACAGCGCCGUCCAGGAGACCACCCAAGGCGCUGAUUCGGACCUCUCUCGUACGCCCUCCCAGCGCGCGCGUUCCAAGUCUGAUGCCGGCGAAGGCUCCAAAGUGAAGCGACGCAAGAGCUUCCUGCGGUCCAUGAGCUCCAAGGCCCGUCGCGAGCGCUCUGGACCCUCAGAAGCUUCGGACGCCGCCGGUUCCGAGACCCCCACUCCCAGUGCCAACAGUCCCAUCACGUCUUCAGCUGGAACCUCGGGCACUGUCACUCCUGGUGGCAGACGGCGAAGAUACGCUGACACGCGCGACCUAGACCUGCUGGCGCGCGAACUUGCGGCCGAAGCCAUCGCAGAGCAGGUUCGUCAGUCUCCGUUUGCGCGUGCCAGCCGCAGCGGCAGCUCGUCGCCUCACCGUGUCAAGGCGGGUGCAGGUAAUUUGAACGAUCCGCGUCGUCGCUCCUUCCCAAGCAUUCUUGAAGAUUCUCCGCUGCAGCACGACAGCAUCGUCCCCAUCUCGUCGUCCACCAACAGUCUCAAGCCCAUGACACCCUUGCAUACCUCGCGAUCCGGUACACGAGCCAGAGCAGCAGAGGGCAGAGGGAUGGCCGGCAUUGGCUCGGCAAGCCUGGUGUCAGCUUCGACCUCGGACCCCACCAAUGGACUUGUGCCAAAAGAGAUGUUCAUUGGACUGGGCGGAUCGUCGUACCCGAGCCUAGCCUCUCUCAAUUUGCGAACCAACAGCUCGACGCUGGACAGUACGGAUCCGUUCGGCAUCCCUCUGACGCAGGAAAGUUCGCCAUUUGAUGCGACCAUGGCGUAUGCCAACAAGACACACGUCUAUCAUACACCCAGCCAGGUGGCCGUGUCUCGCAGCCAAUCUAAAGCCUCGAUCGGUUCGGUAUCCCCGACGGCCAGCACAAACAACAAGCGACGUCCCGUGCUCACCAUGACGAUGAACGAUCCUCAAGCCGAAUUGCAGGGCCUCACCAAGCCACCGAAGGAGGCGAGCAGCAAGCGACUGACUCCGUUUGGGAGCCGAGCGGGAAGCCGAGCCGGAAGCCGAGCGCCAAGCCCUAGCUCGAGCUUUGUCGAUCUCAAGAAGGCCGCAGCUGCACAUAAGGCCGAGGAUGAACGGGACCGUUCAGCGAAAGAGGGUGGUGUUGUCGCACCGGAGACGGCGUCGACGCUCGACACACAGGCCAUCGCAAAUGCGCCAACCACUGACGCUGGCCUGCGCUCUGAAGAAGCAAGCGUUCAGGCGGAGAGCAGGCGCAACUCGAUGGCGCCUUCCGAGAGAAGCAUCUGGACCGGGUUGGCUGCGCCCAGAUCGAGCACGAUGCACCGUCUGUCGGCCAUGUUGCGGUUCAACAAGUCGAGGGAUCAGGUGGACACGAUGUCGAGUCCCAAGGCACCUUCACCUGGGAACAGUGCAUCUGUAGGCACAUCACCCGAGAUGAGUGCCUAUGCAACUCCGGCCGGCGAAACGGCGUCUUUGACUGUGUCACCACAGUCUGCAGCGGUUUCAGCCGACAGCGAUGCCGAGGUUUCGCCGGUGGCGUUCCGCACUAUACAGCUUGCGCCCACGCAACAAGACACACUUGAUUCGAGCAAGCCGACGAGUGCCGACGCGAGUCAAGGCUCGAGCGUGGCGUUGGAUAAGGUGGAGCAAACGACAGCCAAGAAGCGGCCAGUGCGAGCGCUUUUGCGUCGACUGAGCAGUUUCAGCUCCAAGAAGAAGGAAGAAAAGCCCAGCUUCCCGGACGCUGGCACCAUGCCUACGGUGGAUAUGCAUAAGAUCAAACAGCUCAGCGAGGGCAUGGAUGGCAAGGCUGAUACGGCUGAUGCUUGGAUGGAAUCGAAAACAACGAGCGGUGUGGAUGGCGUCGAUGCCAUGGGUGCUACUCAGGUCACAAAUGAUGCCAAGAUCGAGACGGGGCUCGCUCCUGCUCUGCAAGGCUUGGAUCUCUCGAAUGCAUCGCCGGUGCCUGUACACGAGGAGAUGGCCAGGAACGGGUUCGGCACACGAUCUGCUUACAAGCUCGGCGGCCGCGGUGAAACCGAGGGCAAUGAGGCUAAACGCGAGGAAGCUGUCGAUGCCGAGCGGUGGGACGAUGCGGAAAGGAGUGGCAAGGAGGAAGACGACAUGGCGGCGAGGGAAAACGUUUGGGAUCGAUCUCGACCAGGCCAGAUUGUGAGGAGCGAUUCUCAGACGCCGUCGUCGGAGGACUCGUUUUUCCUGGAAAGCAGGCCGAGUCUUGCGAGCCGACCGGGAAGCGGCGCGCUGAUGAAGCACGGAAGCGAGAGCGCGAUCAGUGAAGAGCUUCACACGCCGGACCCUUCGACGGCGUACCUGCCUGCGACCAAGACGGAAGAGGCGAUGCUGGAAGACGCCACGCUGUCGUCGACGCUCUCUUCGAGGGUGAGCAGCGUGGUGGCAGCUGCGGCCGCGGCCAAGGUGGUAGCUACCGCUACGGGGGAGGGAAGAAGUCCGGUUAUGACUUCACUUCCCAGCGAGGAGAUGCACAGUGGUGUUGCGCUGUGA